UUCAAUAGCUUUAUUUUAAAAUUUAGUCGUUGCACUUCUGCGCAUUCCUUCUCUUCUUUAACUCCGUCUAGUUCUUCGGCUGUUUUUACAACUGAUUUUUCUGACCAUUCAAAUGCAGCCCCGGCACUUGAUACAAAACAAAUUGAAUUUUUCCUCUCUAAACGUGAAGAUAGUUUAACUACAAUUACAACAACAUUAAGUGAUGAAAUGGAUAAUUUAAAUGAAAGUCAAUCAAAACAAACAAAUCCAUCAACAAAUAUUCAGCAGCAACGAUCUGUUGAUCAACCCUUCCCUCCUCCUCUUUCUUCCAUUUCUACUGUAAAAACAAGUGCAGGAGGAGGAAAUAAUAUUUUGAGAAAUUCACAAAAAAUAUUUCGAAGUGCAGAUACUCGUUCUUCUAUUUUUUCUGUUUCUUCAUCUCUUGAUUCUACAAAAGAAGAAAAAAUUAUUUCAAAUUUUGAACACACAAAAACAAGUAAUAGAGUUGUUGUACUCCCUAAACCUUCAUAUAAUAACCAAUUAACACGUCCUUCGUUGUAUCCUGAAACUUCAAAUGUUUUACUAACAAAUGAAGAAGAAAAGAUAAUUGAAAGUAGUGGACGAUCGGUGAGAAAAUAAAUUGUAUAUAUAAUAAAUCCUUGUUAGUAACGACCCUCUCAAGAGCUUUCGAUAUCUCUCCGAACUCCCGAUAUCCCGUUAAUCCCACAAAAUUCAUCUUUCUCAUAAUCCGAUAGUAGAUCCAUAUGGACGAGGAGAGAAUGAGAGUGAUGUAAAAUGAUUUAGGUGGAUUAGGGGGAUAACAGGGGAUUAGAGGAUUAAGUGUAUAUAGGUAAAUUUGGAUGGUUUGGAGGAGAUAUUGAGCGUUUAGGAG